UGCUGGAGCCCGGAACUUUACUGCAGGUAGAAAUGGAGACUUCCCAAAGUAGAUAAUUCAACAAUGUCCAGCUCAGUCAGUCAUCUACAUGUGCCGUUUCCGAUCGGUUACAUCUACAGUACUGAGCCGGACAGUGGUAGAAACGGGUUUGGUGUCCAACAGUGGCCAGAUGGGUCGAGAUACGAGGGAGAGUUUAAGAAUGACUUGAAACACGGAGUGGGUGUUUACUCUUGGCCUAAUGGAGAGAUCUAUAAAGGUUCCUUCUACAAAGACUAUCGCCAUGGUAAGGGCACCUAUACCUGGCCUGACGGCUCCAAAUUCUCUGGGAAAUUUUAUUUGAAUCGGAAAGAGGGUUAUGGCGUCCAGCUCUUACCAGACAGCUCAUUCUUCAAGGGGCUCUAUCACGCAGACGAGCGUUUCGGACCAGGUGUGCUCACCUAUGCGGAUGGCCGGCUGGACGCAGGGCUUUGGCAUCGCUGUCGGCUGCUCAGCCUCUGCACCACGCUGAAGGACGCCUUCAGCCUCAGGUCCCUCCCAGACUUCCAGUCCCAUCAGAGUCGGGUGCGGACGGGCAGUAGACUCCAGGGGGACCCCCAGACCCUGCAUCCAGAGCCCCCCAAAUCAUCCACAGUGUGCAAGGACCCGCUGGUGUUCUCGCCAGAGGAGAUGCUGAAGGACGAGCGCUUCAUUCUGCCCCCCGACACACUCCGCUACGCCACUGACCCCGACCACCUGCCCCUGCCCCCACGCCUCAGGAGGCAGCUGGAUGAGCUCUUCUUCAGCAGCAGCAGGCCGGAGGUUCCCGCACACACACAGGUGUACACUCACACAUAUGGGAAUACCAGCUGUCUGCCACUACAGGAACGCAUGCAGGAGCACAUCAACAGACACAGGUUUGAAGUGGAAGAUGUUGACUGGGACGUAGCGGCAGUCUUGUCCAUGCGCAGAGAGGUGUUUGGCCCUAAGGGGCCCCUGGAGCUGGGCUCGGAGCGGCUCAUUAAGGAGGCGGCGCGGGGGGAUCCCCAGACUGUUUACCACAUUCUCAGGGACGGAAAGAUCCACCCUGAUGUGGGGGACGCACAAGGCCACACUCCUCUUCUUGCUGCUACGGUGAACUGCCAUGAUGAGGUGAUCAACAUGCUCCUGGACAGCGGUGCCAACGUGAACAAGCUGAACGCAGAGGGCAUGUCGGCGCUGGCCGUGUGCCACGUGCUCUACUACCCCGCCAGCUCACUCCACACCACCGUGGCGGAGCUCACGCUCCACAGAGACUCGCCUCUCUCACUUACCGGGUCAAUGCCAAAGUCUCCACAAGCUGAUGAGCAAGAAGAUGGGGCUGGUAAAAACACAACCAGCCCUGUCCCUCAGAAGACUGUGUCACCUGAUCAGAGUCAUUCAGCCAAUGAGGAGGCAGCAGCCCCAGGGGCCACACAGGCUGACCAGGGUGAAGCUCCACCCCUCAGUUCACCAGUAAUGGGGGAGGUAUCAGAAGGGGAGGGACUUAUGAAUAAGAGUCUCAAAGUUCAGAGCGAAUAUUCAGAAAAUGAGGGACUUGGGAAUGAGCAGAGGGAAGAGCCUGAACAGGAAGCGUCUGACUCUGAGGGACAUCCGAGGGAGGAGACUAAACAGGAAACAUCUGACAUUGAGAGACUCCAAGGGGAGGAGUCUAAACAGGAAACAUCUGACAUUGAGAGACUCCAAGGGGAGGAGUCUAAACAGGAAACAUCUGACAUUGAGGAGCCUCAGAGGGCAGAGCUUAAACAGGAAACAUCUGACACUGAGGGACUCCAAGGGGAGGAGUCUAAACAGGAAACAUCUGACAUUGAGGGGCCUCAAGGGAAGGAGUCUAAACAGCAAACAUCUGACAUUGAGGAACCUAAAGGGGAGGGGUCUAAACAGGAAACAUCUGACAUUGAGGGGCCUCAAGGGGAGGAGUCUAAACAGGAAACAUCUGACAUUGAGGAACCUCAAGGGGAGGAGUCUAAACUAGAAACAUCUAACAUUGAGGGGCCUCAAGGGGAGGAGUCUAAACAGCAAACAUCUUACAUUGAGAAACCUCAAGGGGAGGAGUCUAUAGAUAAGGGGUCUGAUGGGGAGAAGUGUGUAAAAUUUACUGUAAAUGAAGCAUCAGAGAAAGAGGGGCCUCUAAGUGAAGCAUCGGAGAGGAAGGAGCUUAUAAAUGAGUCAGAGACAGGGGAGCCCCUGACUGAAAAGUCCGCCACGAUUGGUUUGGGCGAGGAGCCAGCACUGUCCAAUGGAGGCACUGCAGGCGGUCAUGUGACCUUUGGCCCUCACAGCCCUGAGCAGCGUGUGGCCAGUGACUCUGUGGCAUCACUGGCCAGCUUCCAGAUUGCCGUAUCAAGGGAGGCGCUGGACCAGGCUGCAGAGGCCCUGUGCCAUUCAGGGCUGCUGCCAGCAGAGGGCACUCAGGAGACCGUCCACAAGAUUGCCCUCGCCAAAACGCAGCGCAGUGAGCGGUGGGCCACUCUGCGGCUGCUGCUGUCCAGGGGGGCGGAUCCCAACGCCGCGCGGGUGCCCAUGCCCGUCCUCUUCCUGGCCAUCAAGGCAGAGCACACACACGCCGUGCAGCUGCUGCUGGAGGCAGGAGCACGCACAGACAUCUGCCUGCCCCCUGAGCUGAAUGGUCUGUAUCCGCUGCAUGUGGCAGCUGGUCUCCCGGGAGACGAGGGUCCGCGGAUCACUGAGCUGCUGCUGCAUGCCGUAGCGGACCCUGACGUCCAGGCCCAGGACACACACGUGCUCUUUGAGCUGGACAAGAACACGCCUGAUCCCCAGGGAGGAUCUGGGCCCAGAGCUGGUGGCGUGUCUGGGGUGCCACCUCAGGGCCCGGGCACUGCCAGUGCAGACAGGGGACGCACGCCGCUCCACAUCGCAUGCCAGAGGCACCAGGACCACCAGAAUGCCAAAGAUGCAGUGUGUGUUCUGCUGUCUCAUAAAGCCAGCACUAGUCUGCUGUGGAGUGGACACUCUCCCCUCUCCCUGGCCAUCGCCAGCGGCAACGAUCCGGCCGUAGAUGUGCUGCUGGCAUCAGGGGCCGACCCCAACCUUCCUCUGUCCUGCAGGGUGGGCAGUGCCCUCUGUGCCAACGCCAACAUCGCCUAUGACUCUGGGACUCACUCCUGCAACAGAAUCCUACUGUUGGAGAAGCUGAUAAAAGCAGGUGCGGACAUCCUGAUGCCCAUCUUGAUUGGCGAGGGGCGGAGAUGCGUGAUGGGCACAGCUGUUGAUUAUGCCUACUGCUCAUUCAACCAGGACUGGCGUAUAGCCCAUACUCCAUACCACGCACUCAACCCACGGGAGCGCGAGACCCUGAACGUGCGCAGGCAGCUGCUGAGCAUCAUGGGAGAACUGCUGAGGAAGGCAGCGACCAGGAACCAACAGACCACUCUGGAGAUGCAGACUCUGGGCAGCAGUGAUCGUUGUGCAUCAACAGUUAUGUACACCGGAGCUCACGCAUCAGAGGAGAACACCAGCUCAGGAUCGAUCAGGAAGCAGGGGGGGUUUAAGUACUGCUACCAGUGUGGUCGCUCCGUGGGUGUGGUGCUGGUGGCCUGCAGCCGCUGCCAUGAGGUGUUCUACUGCAGCAAGACCUGCAAGAUGAAGGCCUGGAACGACCGGCACAAGGAAGAGUGUGUGCGGGUGCAAGGUCAAGAUCACAGUGACCCUAGCGACACACUGGAGAAUGUCCCCCAGAGAGAAAUCACAGGCGUCACUAAGAAGGCUUCAGUGAAGAUCCCAGAGCAGCCGUCCCUCAUCACCCAGAUGCAGGAACACUUCAAGCAGAAGAUGAUCACGGAGAAGAGAAACAAAAAACGGAAGGCGCUGGCUCAGAAGUGGGCCGAUAAACGGCACGCCUCAGGGGACCAGUCCAAGGGCCGGAGAACGGGAGCCAAUAAGGGUCCGCGCGGCCUGUCCAAGCAGCCUCCAAAGACCCCCACGUACGCCCCCACAGAGAACUACAGCUACAUUUAAUCACAUCGCUAAUAAAGCUCCCAUUUGGGCCCAGCCAUGUUUGUUCUCACAUGAAUCUGAGAGUUAGGUAGGUUGAGACCUAGCCUGAUCUGCCGGCGAUUUAGAUUUCGCCCUGCAGUUCAGGCUGGAAACCUGCACAUCUGUCUCACCUGCUUCCUGUCCACAUUUUCUGGGUCCAAUCACAAGCUAGC